AUGGCUACCACUACUUCUGGCGAUGCUAGUUCCACUAUCGAGAACCUCAUCUCCUCAUACUCGAUCCUCACCUCCCUAGCUCCCUGGCUCUCAACUCUCGACCUCUAUCAUCUCAGUCUAACAAGCAAAUCAGCUUACGAGUGCAUCCAAUCGUCACCAGUGAUCUUCAAAUCUCUCAGUCGUCAUUGCCUCUGCGAUGGUCGUGGCCUCGCUACACGUCAAGCCUAUGCAAGUCCCUAUCACCGAAACCGCAUGGCGGGUCAGUGGACGCCUAGUCCUUAUCUGACAGACGACGAAGAGAUUGAAGUACGGCUAUACAAAAUCAAGUGCGAUGAAGCAGGUGCUCUGCCAUGUCUAAAAUGCGGCAUAAACAUCUGCGAAGAAUGUCGAUGCUAUCCUCGCGCAGCUCCGCCAAAUACGCAUCCCAAUCGAAGACCGCAUUUGAGAGGCAGCGUCCAGCUUGAUAACAUUAUGUGUUUGUGCGAGGAGUGUGACGCGAAAACUGAGAAAGAAGUAGAGGGGAAGUUCUUGAAUGAACGAUGUGACUGCGAUAUCUAUACACGGUGGAUUUGCGUCAGAUGUGAAGACGAGGAGCGCGAAACCGCGUGGAAGUACUUUGAGGAGCAAACAGAGUUGGAUGGGAAUUGGAUUGUGAGGGAGGAUAUGGACUACGGAGAUGAUUUCGAGCCUACAAAAACACUUCCAGAUCAUGCGUUUGACCGAGCAUUUUGGUGUACUUGCGGCAAGACGGUCUCGCAAAGAACAGUGCCGCGUUGUAUCUGGUGCAAAAGGCGACAUUUGCCAGAGAGCGAGUGGAACCAGGAAUUUCAGGAUAUUGGCUCAAAACAUCCUUUCUUUGACAACGAUCCGGAUUAUCCUCGAUGGGGUAUCUUCGGAGAGGGGAAGAUGAAGAAACUCGACUCUCGUAACAGCGUCAGCAGGAUAGUAGUUGUUUCUGUGUGGCGUUUGGUCCAGUGA